CGCACCAUCUGUUUAUUAAAAUCUCCAUAAGAGAGAGACGAAGAAACCAAGGAACUUUGAACUUAUUCCUUUCUUCCUGGUCCUUACCACACGCACACACUGCUCACGUUAGCUUAUCCUGCGCUAGGAAUCGCGUCCGUCUUCUUGAUCAUCUCCUCCUCCUCCUCCUCCGGGGCUUUAAUCGAUUCGAGUCAUGGCCGAGUUAACUCAGGCCGAGGUGGUGUACUCGCCUCGGUCGCUUGAAGUGUGGAAGGCUCUCGUGAAUUGGCUCGCUUUUUUCUACCAGAUCUUCCUUCAGUUUCUCCGUGCCGUCGGUCACCUUCCUCUUCUCUCGUCGUCGUCGUCUUCUCCCUCUGGUAAGGCCGCCGCCGAUGGUUUCGAACUCUUGCCGGUCGUCGAGGUGCCUGACAAGGCGGCUGAAUCUCCGGCCUCCGUUGAAAUCCCCUCCAGGAGAACCUGCGGUGAUCGCGAUGGCCAUGGCGAUGGCGGCCGCUUCGCGAAACUCACGGUUGUUCUUGAUUUGGAUGAGACCCUAGUGUGUGCUUAUGAGACAUCUAGUUUGCCUGUUUCUCUACGGAAUCAAGCAAUUGAAGCUGGAUUGAAGUGGUUCGAGCUGGAGUGCGUAUCCUCAGAAAAGGAAUGUGAAGGGAAACCCAAGAUCAAUUAUGUCACGGUGUUUGAGCGUCCAGGUUUACACGAAUUCUUAGAGCAACUCAGCCGGUUUGCAAAUCUUGUUCUGUUUACUGCUGGUCUUGAAGGAUAUGCCAGACCGCUUGUGGAUAGGAUAGACACUGGGAAUUUAUUCAGCCUUCGGCUUUAUCGACCUUCAACAGUCAGCACGCAAUACCGGGAUCAUGUGAAGGAUCUGACAUGUACAUCGGAUAACAUGUUCCGGACUGUUAUUGUGGACAACAAUCCGUUCAGCUUCCUAUUACAACCACUCAAUGGAAUUCCGUGUAUUCCAUUCUCUGCAGGGCAGCCAAAUGAUACUCAGCUUCUGGACGUCAUUCUGCCGCUUCUAACGCAUCUUUCGGAGCAAGAAGACGUUAGACCCAUACUUCACGAUAGGUUCCACAUGGCCGAAUGGUUUGAGAAGCAAGGCAUACCGUCGACAUGCUGGACAUCAUAGAUUCCUUCAAACUCCGAAAAAGGAGAGGCUCAUGGAGUCUGUAUAGUAUUUGCAGCGAAUGGCAGAGAAGGGGAAGAAGAAGAAGAAG